AGAUGCUUACCUGGGUAUCCCUUCAAGUGUCCCAAGCUGCAGAUUACUCCUGAGAAUGGCUUAUCAGAGAGUGACACUAAUAAACUAUUGUCACUCCUCCGUGAUCAGAUAUGAUCCCAGUUUAUACCUCAAUAUAUUUCUCUACUCGUACGCUUCAAUGUUGUUGAAUUGUUGACCUUUGGUGCAUUUAUUGUGUUGUAGGUAGUGUUGUAGUAAUAUUUAUGGCUAGGAUGAAAUAUUGGUUAGCAAUAGAAUGCUUUGAUAUUUUGGGUUCCUUGGUGUCAAUGCUGAGAGCAAUUAAGAGCAAGCAUGUGUUAUGAUGCCCAAGUUGGUAGAAGGGGAGCCACAAGGUGGAAGAAGUAUCAAGUAUGUAUUAUUGAAUUAAAAGAUUUUUAAAAGCAUAAUUUGUACAUUAUCUAAAGAAAGUUGAGGUAGAAUUCAAUAUUGAGGUAGUUGAGACCUGAAUGGCAAGAACAAGUUACUAAACCAAGCAUAUUUCUAUGUAAUCUUAUUUUGAAUUCUUCAUGUGUUCUUCCUUCUUUUAAUUCUUUGAAUGUAACUACUGAUCUUCCUUGGUA